UAUAUGGCGUGGGGUCAAAAUGGUGUCCAAAGCGAUAUGUUAUCACCUGCCGGUUUACCUGUAUUAUCUGUAUGUCGUGACGUACGACUUUGUAAACAUAGAACAUGGCAGCUCUGGAUAUGGAGGGAAGUUUAAGUUUCUCACUGUUUGGAACGAGGUUUUCCAGCUUCUAUACUUUGGUAUUGCCACCCUGAAUGACUUUUGUGGCAGCGAUGUUCGACCUUCUCAUCUAAACUCGAAGGAUGUUCAGGGAAGGAAGUCAAUUCUACAAAAACUUCGUGAUAUGCUUUUAGCUUCAGUCAUAUUUCCGGCAGGAAUGUUUGUAGUUUGUACAUUUUGGGGUAUAUAUGCAGUGGACCGUGAACUUAUCUUUCCUAAGAAAUUGGAUGGCCUUAUACCAGUCUGGUUGAACCAUGCUUUACACACAUUUAUUCUACCGCUGCUAUUGGUGGAGUUAGCUAUUGUGUACCAUCAGUUUCCACGGAAACGUACUGGACUUUCUGUUCUGUUCACAUUUGCCUUAGCCUAUCUGAUCUGGAUCCUUUGGAUAGCCUAUGUGUCGGAUUUCUGGGUCUACCCCGUCCUUAAAGUCAUGCAUGCCCAUCAUCGUGUGGUCUUCAUUGGGACUCUCUUGGUCUUCUUUUCCGUCCUCUACUUGAUCGGAGACUUCCUCAACCAGAUAUUAUGGGGUAAAGAGAUCCAGGCUGGUGUAAUGGAAAUGAAGAAGAAGUGAUGCCAGGUUUAGUGGCCAUGUCUGUCCCAGAGUAAACAAUAGGUACAAAUCUCAGGUGUGAAUGAAGCCAAUUAGUGUGUAGCGUUAUCAUACCAGGUAUAAAUAUCAAAUAAAAGUCACAGAAAGGUGUCCCAUUCAGGGGUUGGAACAUGUCAAACAAAAAAGAACCACAAUCAAAAAGACUACUUUUCUAUUUGAUAAAAUUUGACAGAAUAUUUAAAAGAAAGAUGUAAAAAGAGUUUGAAAUUAAACUGGCUACGGAAGUAUACAUUAUGUCAUGAAUCAAGCUGUUUAAUGAAAAAAGUUAACAUUACCUGGGAUAGAUGCCAUGUAAAAAUCGUUUUAGAGAUAUCAUUUAAAUCGAGCUGAAAUAAGAUUUUACAGACUUUAAUAGCUAGGUAAUGUCUAAAUAUUUUUUUCUUAAUUGAUUAUCUAGACUUUCAGAUGCAUUUAAAAUGAUAAUCUUAUAUAAACACUGCACAUCUACAGAUUGCCAGAUAUUUUUAGGAAUAAAUUAGAGAAGUGAGUAAGCUGCAAAUAUUCUAUUUUUUUUUUCUAAAAUACUUUUUUGAUUUAUUUUACCAUAGUAACUUCAUACAGAUAAUCAUGAAGGGUUUGAAUUUGUGAUGGACUCUGCUCACAUGUUAAUGUGGAAAUACAUCCAAUACCAAAUAAAAUUGAGUUACACUAUACAGAAAAUGGAGAUAGAAACAUAUCAUAUCACAAUCUAUCCAGACAGCUUGAGGAUAUCAUACUCCUUAAAUGGUUUAUUGAAUAUAUUGUUAACUUUCUAACUUUAGCAAUAAUUGUGCUUAUGUUGGUGAUUCCGUACUGUUACUUAAGACAUGCUGAUAUUUAGAAACGGCUUAAAGGUAAUAUUAAAUCAUUAUAUGUAAUUGUAAAACUGUAUACGCUUUAAAUAAAGUGUGCUUCAAAAAGUUCAAUUAAAUUGAUAAUGAUUAAAAUAUGUAAUGAGAAAUCCAUAAAUAUCUUAAUGUGAAUUCCAUUUUUUUCCUUGUAUUUAUAUUGCAAAACAGUCAAGAUUAUAUGAAAAUAGACACCAGUGUAGUGACUUUGUAAGUUUAUUAAGAAACUAAGUCUAAUAUGAUAGAUGUGCACUAUUGACAAAAGAUAACAUGUAAAAACAACACAGCAUUCUAAAAUGUAGAGUGGCACCUGACACUUAAGGCUUUGGGACUUGUGAUUUUUAUCUCCUACAUAAAUCUGAGCGUCGACGUUUCAAAUAAGGGGAGAUAAUCAAAUAUUCAGAAUUAAAUCUUUACAAGAUUGGUAGCCAGUAGACCCGUUUUUUGUAAGGAAAAGUUUAAAUAUGACAUAUUACUACUUAUAUAAUACAAAAACAACCAUUACAGAUAAUACUUAUUAACAAAAUCAUAAUUGUAACUCAAAAUCAUAAUUGUAACUCAAAAUUGAUAAAUGAGAGGAAAUCAUCAAUUUGUAUGGAUACCAUUGAAAAAGAACAAGGAGAAUAAGACCAGGUGUUCUGGAAAAAAUAAGCAUCUUCUGUUACAUUGAUGACACCUCUCUCCUAAUCUGGGUUAAAUCUGGGUCAAAUCUGGGUCAAAUCUUUGUUGAAUCUAAAUCUGGUCAAGUCUGGGUUAAGUAACAUCAAAAUUAGUGUUACAUAUCAAACCAAACACUGAUUAAUGUUCAAUCAUUCUGAACUUUGUGAAAGAGGAGAAGCGACUCCUGAAUCCAGAUUUCCAAACAGUAUAUCUUUUCAUUUUAAAGCUUCUUUCUGAUAUGUUUCAGCCUUAAUAGGCAGGCUGGCAUCAGCAGAAAGCUUACAAUGGUGUUUACUGUUUGUGCAUCUGGAUUCACGAGUUGUUCCUUUUUUCAUUGUUUACUCCUUUUUAAGAGGGCCCUUUAUACCACUUUAAAGAUACCCUGAGGCCUAGAUGAACCAAAACACAUAUGAACGAAACAGAAAGUUGAUUAUUUGAGAAUCUAUCCAUCUUGAGAUUUAUGUCUUCUAGUUGUGUAUAUUGCCUUACCUUUAUAGUGCAGAUUUGGGUGCAUGAAAUAAAAUAGAGAUAAGUUUUACAGGUAUUUUUAAUACCAGGUUUUAGUGAGUUGUGCCUUAACCUAGAGGUGAUUAUUGCUACUGUUGCUAACAAAAUCAUCUUGAUGUUCUGUCUAAAUUAACCCCAAUCAUCAUUAUUUAACAGCUUCCUGGUCCCUUUUGCUCAAAGUUAAUAGUUUAAACUUAACGAGUGGUUAGUAAUAAAAACCUUCUCAACAAUGUUUCAGAAAUGAGACUUAACCACACAAGCAUUUAAAAAAUUAAGUUUUCAAAAUUCGUUAUACAUUUAAGCAUUGAACGGCUUUCAGUUGGCAUUCAUAG